AUGAAGAAGGCUACAUCGGCAGCAGCUAAGAUGGUGGUCAAGGAUGAGUGGGUGGCGGCGGCGAUGACGGACGACGAGAUGGUGGCAGAGCUUCUUAUACGGCUGAAGCACGCCGGGACGGUAGUUUCGGAGAAUCCUGUAGCGAAUCUGCCUCCGUUGCGGUGGGGAGUCCGUCAACGGCGCUCGCGGUCCUCAAGAUUAGGUGGCGGCGGUGUCCUCGUUUCGUUGAAGAAGGAUGUGGAUUCCGUUAGAGCCAGUCCUAAGACUCCGCUCUCCUGGAGUGGCGGAUCUGGAAGCGGCGCCGGCGGCUCUGCAUCUCCCUCCGCCGCAACCGCCGAUGGAUUCGAGGACAUUAGUCGUCAAGCUAGCUGCUCCACAUCUACAGGAUCCGGAUCUAAGGCUUUCCCCACAAAUGAAAUCACCAGUUCAUUUUCCAAGAGACUGAAGAAAAAGAAGUCUUCUUCUGAGCUUAAAAACGAAGAGAACUUGAAGUUGAAGGAAAGACUUGACCUCGAAAAGGAGAUUGCAAGUCUCCGAGUAACGUUUGACGAACAAAACGCAAGGAAUCAAAGGCUGAAGAGGAUUAAGCUUGACUUGAGCUCAGGACGUGUCAAGAAGGAGUCUCCGGUUGAUCUGGUUCGCAAAUCACACGCCGUAUCAAAAUCUUGCAGAGCAGAGGGCAAAACCACCAGCUCGAGAAACCAGGAGAGCUUCUUCUUCCUCCCUGAUUUGAACAUGGUACCAUCCGAGGACGAGAUUUUGUACGGGACCAGCUAG